AGUGUAAAUUGAAAUAGUGUUAUUUUUAUCUAAAUAAUUGAUUGUAACCUUUAAAAUUAAAUUUAUAAAUAUAACGACAAUUAUUUUAAUCAAAUCAGUAGAGGUUACCUGAGAAAGAUGCAAUCAAACAGUGGAAACAAUGUAACAUUCAAUGAUAAUAAUUCAGCUUGUCAGGCUAAAGAUUCUGACACAGGUAUUGCUUGCGAGGAAACGACAAGCUUGGAGAUACUUAAUGAAUUUAAGAAAGUAUAUGAAAAAAGAAUUGCUAGCAUUGAUCCCAGUGAUGUCAAUAAAUCGGAGCACAAGAUUAAAAUAAUGACCGAGUGGAUUAAAGAUUUAGAUGCACAAAAUACAAUGCUGGUACGUACAAUUGAAGAGUUGGAAGAAGCUGCAUGUUGCCGGGUUAAGAUGCUUGAGGAAAAAUUGAAGCAUACGUCAUUUGUGUUGUCUGAAAAUAUGUCCGGCUAUUCAAAACCUUCACAACAAAAUCUUAAUGAACUGACGGAUAGAAUAAAUCAGCUAGAAAGAGAUGAAAAAAUAUUACAACAAAGAAUCCAAUAUCUGCAGAGUGACAUUAGAGGACUGCUGGAAUUAAUACGACGAGCGCAAGUUGAAAAUUGUUGGAGACUCGAUGGAAUUAAUUUCUUUGAAAUAAGACCCAGUGACAUUCCACUUUCGAGCGACUGUGCAUAUGAUCAGGUAAAUGGAUGGUCGAAUACUGACAAGAAAGCGAUGAAAGAAGACUACAAGACUAUUGAAUUCACAAAGAAUCGGCUGCAUUUCGAUAAAAAUAGGAAAAAAUCAUUAGAAUAUCCAGAAGAGUUAGAAAAAAAAGUCGAUUAUUUAAAUAAGAAAUUAAAAAAUAGAGAUAAAGUGAUACAUAAAUCCGUUUGCAAAUUUCAAGUUUUAAAAGAGAGUUUAUUAAAUAAUUCAACAGUCAAUCCUGAGUUUAAAGAUGAUAUUAUUAAAGUAUUAGACACUGUAAAAAAUGAAUUAAUAGAUGAAAAAUAUAUUGAAAAUUUACAAGAUAAAGCACUUAGUGAUAGUACCGUCCAGAUUGACAAUAACGUCGACAGUUUAAAACUUAAAAAUCAACUAGAUGAAAAAAUGAGAGAGAUUUCACGACUGAACCACCAAUUAAAUUGUUUAGAAAAAGAAUCAGUAGAGUCUAGAGAAGCAUUGACGGUAGAAGUAGCUGAAAAACAUGAUUUAAUUAUGAACCUUAAAGACCAAGUUACUUAUUUAGAAGAACAAUUCCGACAAGCAAAUAUACAACUUCAAUUUAAAAAUAAUAUUAUUAAAGAAAUGCGCAAAGAUUUAGUCUCAAAGAAUGCGCUUUCAGGUACACCAAGGAAAGUUAAUUCUAAUGCACUUGCAGAGAAAAUUAGUUGGAGCGAUGAUAUGUCCGACGAAGGGUCCAAUAAAAACGGGGCUAAGGACAAAUUAUUGCUGAAUAUCUUGAGUUUCAAAUCUACAUCAAAAGAAGAGUAUCGUGUUAUAAUGGAUACAAAGAAAGAACUCGGAAAUAUUUUAAAUUUUAUAAAUGAAAUGGAAAAAAAAAAAAAUCAAGUUACAGAGAGAGUGAAUGAAAAUAAUAGUGACGUAGUUUCAGAAACUAAGAUUGAAUAUACAAAUUUGGACGAAUACAAUAAUGAACUAAUUAAUAACGCUGAUAAAUUAACACAAAUUAUUACAACACUAUCUAAACUAUGUAUAGACAAAAAUGAAGGCUUUCUUCAACUUGAGUUUGCUCUACAGGGUAUUCACGAGAAAAAUGAACGACUGAGUCAUUUAGAAUUAAAUGAAAAAAUAUUAGACAUUCCAGAAAUAAAUAGACAGCAAUUUAACGCCAUGGAAGAAUUUAGAAUUUGCACAGUCUGCGCACAGGCUGCGACAGAAGAUUUAAGAGAAGAAAUGAGUAAUGUUAUAUGCAACUUAUACUGUCGGCACCAAUUAUUCGUUGAUCUAGGAAAAUCUAUAAGAAAAACAAAUGAAGUAGUUAGUAAGGCAAAAGAAAAUUUAUCGACUGUGAUAAAAUAUUUACAAGUUCAAGUAGAAGAGAAGACUGUUAAUAAAAAUACUAUUGCUGCAAGAGAAAUAAAGUUGAAGGAUAUUAAGAAUGAAGUUAAUGAAACACGUGCCAAAUUCAUCAGUUCAACGACUGAUGAACAUCAACAGAGAGAAAAUUGCGAAAAUGAAACUGCCAAUACGGAUGCUGAAAUCUGUGAUAGAUUACUCAAUAAAGCGAUUGACGAAGUUGACUAUAUAUUGUGUAAUUUAGGUAUUUUCAUUUCAAAAGAGGAUUACGCUGUUAUCCUUUUGACGGGAUUGAAUGAUCAAUUGCAGUGCGUUGAAGAAAAUCUUGCGGAAUUAUCCAGUCACAUUGAUCGAGUACUGCAAGAUAAUGAAGCAGCUCAAGUGACAUUCGAUGAAAAAGGAAAAAGAUUAGAUAAACUAGAAAGAGAAUUAGAUUACGCACAUACUAAAAUGCAGGAAGCUUUAGAGAGUAUUGUAUCAAUAAGUCAACAGCAUGAUAAUGAAAAUUCUUCAGAUAAUAGUAAUAAUUCGAUUAAUAAUGAGAACGAUAAAAUAGUUUCAAAUGAAGAUAAAGAAUAUUUACAAUCAACUAGCAGAGAUAAUGAUGAAUUGGAUCAACUUAAAAAUUCAUUAUGUUCCAAGGACAAACUCCUUGAGCAUAAAGAAGAAAUAAUUCGUAUUCAAAAAAAUUCAAUUGAGAUGACAAGAGACGAGCUGCAAAGUUUACAUCAAAGAUUACAGUCAAAGGUCGAUGAACAAACUGCUGUUAUAAAUCAAUACUGGCAAGAUCGAAAUAAUUUAUUAGAACAGACUAAACUACAGAAUCAAACGAUAAAGCACUUACAAGACGCUAUUGUUAAAGCUAAGAAAAAUUUAAAUCGUCAGCAACAGCCACAAAAAUCAACAAUCGAUUUGACUGUAGGUGACGUAUGGAGUCCAAUUACACCGACUGUGUUCAAUAACGAUGACGUUCAUGACAUUUAAAGCUUCGUUAAAUCCAAUUAAAUAAUAAAUAUAUAUAUAUGCAUAAUAUAAUAAGUACGUUAAUUAUAAUUUACAGAGUAUAAUUCAGUACCUGUAAUAAUAUUUAGAAAUAAGAUCCUCUGUUGACUUUCAUUAUUCAAUGUAAUUAAUUCAGUAUUCAUAUGUACAAUAAAAUUAAAAUUUUAAUUGCUUGACAAACUAA